CGGAGAAAAGGAGACAGAAGGAGGAAGGAAAGUUUGCCGCAAGGCUCUGAAGACACACAGCAGACAGGCAGUCGUAAAUCCAUCCAUGACCGACAAAACAGGCAGCGAGAUCUUGACCUUCACCUUCAACAAUCAACGGGGCCGAGAAGAGUGACACGCACACACACAAGGUCGGGGAUAGAGAGGGAGAUAAUGGCUGUAUUGGCUGGUGCAAACGAACACUCAGCUCCACACGGCAGGCAGGGGCAUUGCAGCCAGGGCAGAGAUCGGAAAAGAAGCAAGGCAGCGCCAUUAGUUUGAAUCGGCCAGUAAUUCGGGUAUAUGGAAAUGCACAGAUAGCCCUAGCAGACACGGAAGAAGACCCCAACGCACGUGCAUGCGAUAGUCUGUCGUGGACAAGACAAGGCAGCCAUGAGGCGCAUCCAUGGGUAGAGAGAUCACCAAGCAAUUGCCGAGAAAAUAGGCAUGCCAAGAAAAUAGACUGGUCAAGCCAGAGACUCAGCAGAGAGGGAAGGAUGCAGAGGGGAGGGGGCACACGUAAGAGAUGCAAUGCACCCGUACGUGUGUAGCAAGACACGAUUGGCGAAGAAGACAGAGCCUUAGGACGAGGAAGAAUCUCCCACCCGCCGGCCAUUCAAAGCAAGAACCAAGCAUUCAGCCGGCCAGCCAGCCAAGCGACACGUCACAUAUGAAUGCACCACACCAGCCAACCAGGCAGGAAGGCACGCAUUGUGCCGUCCGGCAAUAUCGUCUGCUCAGUACGGAGUCAGAGUGCGGGAGGAGCGGCACGCCCGGGACAAGGAGGACAAAGACGAGCCGAAGUUCACCGGAGUCACCGAGUCACAGUAAAGAAGGUCGCCCGUCAAUGCAAGACAUAACGUGUCUCUCCCUGUGGUCGAGUGUACAAAAGGAACAAUCAGGCCAGGAGUGGGUCUCGAUCGAGAAGGCACCGAUCGCCAGUGAGGCCACGAGACUCGGUGACCACACGACGGUGAGCCCAUCCAACACCCAUCAAGGCUGACGCACAUUGGCUGAGUGUUCGGUUUGACUGGCUCGGGAUGUGGGCCGGUGGGUCAGGAAGACUUUCGACUACGGGGGAAACAGUGCCAGCGACCGCGUGUAUGUCAACAACAAGAAAGGGUGGACGUUUGACGGAGUGUACAAAAAGAUCAAAGAGAGGGGUGAGCGCAUAGUGCAAGUGAGCAUCAAACGGUUGCACUGUGCGUGUGCAUGUGUCCCAGGGUGGCUCUUCCCCGAGAAUGGCUCGGCGCAGAAGAAGCUGGCCUCUCUGUAGCGCUGUGUUUGACGGAUAGAUACUUGGACAUGCGCAGUGAAAAUUCAACACAACUGAAACCAUGCCGUUCUGAUUUGUGUGGAAAACAUUUUGAACUUGCGCUGUGUCAGAAAGGUGCAUGAUUCAUCGCCUAUAGGAGCUCUAUGCGUGGCUGCAUCCAUCAUGCAUGCACGCAUCCAUCGUGUCAUGCGUCUCUUAGGGAAAAAGCAAGCGACUCUCUUCGGUCAUCAGCCACCAGCCAGCCAACCACACACGCCCCCACAUAAGUCUGUCUGUGUCUCGUCCGUGCACCACAACAAAGGGAAAAGAGCAACAAACGGAUGAGGAAGGAGGAAUGAUACAUGGGAGGGUAGAGAGUGGCAGGAGCUGUGAGCAAGCGGACAACUUGUGGGUGCUGAAAAGCACACCGCCCGCUGCUGUGUCUUUCUUGGCUCUCGUCUCUCUCCCUUCGUCACUUCCCUCCCUCUGAGGCAUUGAUGCUGUCUGUCUGUCUGUCUGUCUGUGUCGGUCCCUUGUUUUCUUUGUGAGACCUGCGAUGACGUACACUGCUCAUUCGUUCGUCCCCGUCACUGAUUGCCUAUGGCUUGCUUGCUUAGCUCACUGGCUGUCAUCCUUGCUUUGAGGAUCCGUCACAGCAUCUCUUUCCAUCCCUCCAUCCCUCCCUCGCUCCAAUCAGUGGUGGUGAAACUUGCCAAUAUACAGACAUUCACACGCUCACGAUCAUGCGCCCGCAUCAUCCAUCCAUCCAUCCAUCCAUUUCACGCAGCCACACCUCUCUCUCCGUUUUGGUGAGCACAGGCAGGCAGCCAGGCAGCCAGACAGCAGUGUGGGCAGGCGAGCAGGUGGGCAAACAAGGCAGGCAUACAGACAGACAGACGGGCCUUCUUUGGCCCUAACUCACGGUAGCUCACGUGACGCACGAGAAAAAAUCGCUCGUGUGACCGUCUGUCUGCCCGCCUGCCCGGAUGUCGCGUCGUCCAUUGUGCGUGCAAAAGCCUAUCCAUCCAUCCAUUCGUCCAUCUGGCUGAUGAAUCGUCAGUCAAUCCGUCAAAACCCGCACCACACACAGCUGGCUGGGAGGGUACAAACACCACAACACACACAGGCACUCACACAGGGGAAGUACACCGCGCACCGACCCAUUGACCUCCCCACCAAGAGCAAUCGGAUGAAAAGCACCACAGGCCGGCACUCAGGCACACGAAAGAGAAAACGAGAGCGGAGCAGAGGAAAGCAAGGUGAGAGCGUGAGUGUGCGGGCGUGUGAGCAGCAAGACAGACAGACAGACAGAUCGGGUGGUCGUGCUCCCGAGAUCCCUCAGAGCAGCCUACAUAUGUGGAGGGUGCGUGGGCGUUUCAGAGUGAGCUCAAGCGACGGCAAAGCAACAGCAGGAGACGACACCGGGACAGAAAAGAGAAAGAAAUGUGACGGUACGAUGCUAUGCAUGGAGAUACAUACAUGCGUACAUGCAUGGAAAGAGAGGAAAGAAAUGAAAUCAGAGAUGUGUAUCCUGAGUGAGACAGAGCUCCUCAGCACGUCAUAUUCACCCCUCUCCCUCCCUCCCUGCCAGGUCAGGCCGGCAUUGCUACUGCAGCAACGAAAAACGAAUCGGCACGCAUGUGGACCUGCUAUGUCGUGCAUCCAUUCAUGGGCCCGUGCAUCGCCCGCCUUGCCGCGAUGGCCUGUCUCUCUGUCUGUCUGCACGUCUGUAUGUGUGUGUGAGAAAGUCUUCAGCCAGGAAAACGGCACCGCCGGACUGUCUGGCGUUGCGAUAGAUACAUAUCCAUACAUACAGAUGUACACACGUACAAACAUACAGGACAUGUGUAUACAUACACAGAUGAUACAUACUCGAAAAACGACUAGAGCCGACAUGCGCACCCAGCGCAGCCAAGCUGCACCAGCCGAUCGGCUGAAAUGGCUCGCUCAUGCCUGUUUCCUCGUGUGACAGACAGACAAGGCCACUGUCUCUCUGUAGCCUCCUUGCAGCGGCACGCGAGCACGGUUAUGAAACUUCCUUCUUUGACCGCGUCUCGCUCUGCCUGUCUGUCUGUGUGCUGUCCCUGCGUAUGUCUUCACAGUGCAAAAUACGAUAGAAUCAAUACGUACGCCCUCCCUGGUCACAAUACGAUAGUCACAUCCGUGAGUGCCUUCCCCCUCCCCACCCAGGCCCAAAGAAGCGCACGCACGCAAGGGACGUGCGUGUCAGAGCGAGUCGCAUCAUCUCUGGUAGGUAGCACGGCCGUACGAGCGAGGAGUAAGUGAGAGGAAGAGAGAAAGAAGUAUACAGGGAGAGGGAUGGUAUGGAUGUGUGUGGAAUAGAUUGAUUGAUUGGUGGAUUUACGAUAGGCAGCAUACAAGCAAGAGGGGAAAGGAAGGGAGGGAGGGAGGGGGGAUUGGUGGAUUGGCUGGUCAAAUACGAUAGCAGAGAGGCAGUGUAAGUAUAUGUACACAUACAUACAUACACACAUACAUACAUACACGUUGAUGGAUCACCCCAAUGCAUCAAAAACGAAUCGGGUGCGUACGCCAACGCAGCCACGCCCGCGACACACCAUUGCACAAUGACGGCUCACUGACCAACCGAGCCGUCGUCCGUCAAGCCAUGUCAUCGAGUGCCUGCCUAUGCACGCCUUCACGAAUUCCGAGCAGCAACAGAAAAGACGGAGGGAAAAGGCCCGCCUGGUGUGCGUGUGUGUCGUGUGCACUCACGAACCAACCACUCAGCAAAACGAGAGACAAGGCAACCGAGACAGAGCGAGGCAUGCAGACACUCGUGUGUGCUUGCGUGGCGCAGUGGUCGUCCAGUCGAUGAAGGAGUGAAUUCGGAGCAAGAGCAAUCAAGCAAUCAAGCAACCAAGCAAUCAAGCAAGCAAGAAAGCAGGCAGGCAGGCGGCACGCACAGCCGGAGGGCAGUCAUUGCCGCCUCAAUCGAUUGGUUUGUCCGUUUGUCUCGAUCGGUCUGUCGGUCGGUCGGUCGGUCGAUCGGUCGAAUUACGGCCGCACAGGCAGCAAAGAUGCUAAUUAUUGGCUCUCACUAAGCCGCCUUUCGAUAGAGCACCCACCCUCUCACCAAUCCACCAACCCACCCACCCACACCAACAGUGAUCACUAGGCAUCCAUCAGACAGACAGACAGAACGGCCGACGUAUUUCUCUCGCGCCGUCCUGUGAGCGAUAUCGACUUUGCUUCCUAAGCAGAACAAUCAAGCAGAGAGGGGAUGGGAGGGGACGGAGGCACUCCACACACACACACACACACACAUACACACACCACAGACAGGCGGACGAAGGGCGGGAGGGAGCAAACAAAGGGGAGGAUCGGGCGUACGUACCGAUGGAAGGAUGAGUAAUCCAGCCAGACAAUCAGACAGCCAGUGAGCGAGUCAGACAGUGCACGAUGGAUAGAUACGACCAUACAGGCGGUUUAAAUAUCGCGGGGAGUCCGCUCUCCUUCCCUCCAUCCUUCCAUCCAUCCAGCCACGCCCACACACGUCACCGUGUCAUAAUGAUAUCACGUCACAUGCACACAGCAGCAGCAAUGUCCGUUGAAAAUUAGCGGACCCAUCCGCUGUGUUGCUUCCGCCCACCAGCCCAACCACCCAGCAACCCUUGCUUCCUUCCCUCCCCCAACACUCACGUCCCCCGGUCUGCUCACCCACACCCACACCCACACCCACACCACACACGUGCAACAUCCUCGCCACGCCUUGCCUUGCCUUGCCUGCCUUUUCCCCCUCAGCCAAAAAGAACCCUCACUCACGCCAGCCCCGUAUCGAUGUGCAGCAAUCCAUCCACCGAUACAUCCAUCGAUCCAUCUGUGAGCCCGCCCGGCCCAUAUGGGCAAAAUUGGGCGCCCUCCCUUCCUCCGUAGGUCCAUCUAUCCAUCCAUUCACGCAGGCAUUCAGCGGUCGGGCGGUCGGCCUCGUCAAGACCCGCCCUGGCGUCAGCGUCAUGAAGAAUGUGGUGUGUGUGAUGUGAUGUGGCAUGGUGUGUGUGUGUGUGUACAUAAACAGAAGAUGACUAGCAGUGAGCGAGAGUACGAUACGGGUAGCCAGCCAGGCAGGCAGUAAAGGUCUCUUCUAGUGAGUGAGAUGGGUAGUGAGUGUAUCAAAUGCCGAGUCCGUGUCGGUCGGUAUGGCUCGCUUCGUUCCUUGCUCUACGAUACAGACAGCUUGCUUGCUGGCGCCUGUCUUGUCUUUCUGUCUGUCUGAGUCUCCCCUUUGUCUCGCGUGCGCCCUCCCCCUCCCCGACGCCCAUGGAAUGCAACGCAGGCAGCCAGUCUGUCUGUCUGUCUGUACACUCACUCACACGUCAUCCAUACAUCCAUCCACGACACGACGAACAAGCCCACCCCGCCCAGACGUGGCCCCAGCCCAUGCAGUCCACUGCUACGCUUUUAGCCGUUGUCUGUCGACUCUGUCUCUCUGUCUCUGUCUCUGUCUCUCUUUCUCCCUGCCCGACCGAACGACCGACCGACCGUACUCACGCUCACGCACUCACCACAAUGCCCCCCCGACAGCCAGCCAGCCAGCCAGCCAUCCGUACCUACUCAGUCAGACUUACUUACGUUUUACACGACGUUCUGUACACCCACGGCACACCGCACACAGCCACAGCGAAUGCCCCCCCCCAGCCAAGCCUACCCACACCACUUCUAUCUAUUUCCCCAUCUGUCUGUCAAGCUACGUCCGGAAUGCGGCUGCGAUUUUGGCCCACUUGUCGUCUGCCGCCCCUCUGUCGUUGCUCCAGGGCGGCUGGGUCGUGUCGCCCUGCCCCGUGGUGCUCUCACAGAGACUCUGGCGGCUGUCGUGCGGGCUGUCGCUCUGGUUGCCCUGGCUCGAGGGGCUCGUGUGGUGCGGGUGGCUCGUGUGCGCCGUCUGGGCGUGGGAAGCGGCCCCGCCGCCCACACCGACCCCGCCUACCGAUGGAAAGGAAGGCGAGUAUGGCGACGAGUGGUUGGACUGGGGGUGCGGGUGGGCGGCGCCCAUGAGCGUCUCUAUAGGGGUGAAGAAGAGGGACCGAGCGUGGACCGGAGAGGCGUCCCCGACGCUGCUGCCGGUGGCGGUGAGGUCGUGUGGGUGUGGGGAGGAGGACCCGCCCACGCUCGUGUUGUGCAGGCUGGGCGCGUCGCAACCGUUGGAGUGAACGUCCUCACGGUCAGACGGCGAGUGAGACGAACCUGACGACGGUGCUGACCAAUAUCACACACAAAACAGAAAGGACUCAAUCCGGCCACCUGCCACUUCCGUCUCUCUCUCUCCCCCUCUCCCUCGCGUACCUCUGAGUGCCUCGAGGGGCUGCGGCGGGACACUCAUGUGUGGCAUCAUCUGGCAGGCGUAUCGGUCCCCCUCCCUGUCCUGCAUGCCCACCGCCGUCCGCCACUGCUCCCUCUGUGAGUGGUGCAUGUACCCGCCACUCGCCCCGCCCCCUCCAGCGGCCGUCGCCGACGAGCUCCCACUCUCCGACUGCCCAAAGGCAUCCGGCGACCCCGUUGCGAUCGAAUGCGUGUCGACCUCGCUCGUACCGCCCUUGCAACUUGGCUGGUGCUGGUGAGGUAGGCCCCCUGUCUGGGCGGUGACCACUGUCUUGGUGGCCGUGGUGGGGUUGGCCGAGUUGUUGGCGGUUGUGUUGGUGUUGUUGGUGUCCAAAAGUGUGUGAGGGAGGUGGUAUCCGUAGUUGUGGGGGUAGGGGGCCAUGGCAGCGGGGUCGAAGAGAGAGGGGGAGGGGUAGCCCAGCGGGAAGGGCUGCAGGGGGUCUGCCGGCGACGGAGGGGCCGGGGCGGUGUUGGGGUGCUGCUGCUGCUGAUAGUGCUGAUAGGGCUGGUGGUGGGGGUGGUGAGGGUGAUAUUCGAGACCUGUCAAGACGCCAAAACAAAAGACAUAGAGACAAUUGACUUGACGCAUGCAUCUGUCAAUGAUUGGAUGCACGAGUGCCGCACCAGUGUCGGUCACCUGCUAUUCUGUUGCGGCUGUCGACGCUCGAUAGCAGCUUCUCCGCCUCGCCAGGAGGGUGCGUGCCUGCAUCAACACAGCAGCAAACCAAACGACCCACAUACACAAGUCAUUCAAAUCCACAGAAGCUCAUUCCCGUCCACCCUCCCGACCCACCGGCCUCCACAGGCACAGAUGUCGGCGUGUCGUCCACAGCCGCAUCCCUCUCCCUCUCCCUGCCUUCGUCCACACUCCGCGACCCCCCACCCCCACCGCCGCCCCCACCGCCGCCCCCACUCCCACCAUACCUCGGCCGUCUCAGCUCAUGCGAAGUGCCGGGAGGCGUGUCGCGACUGCUCGACUUGCGGCUCCGGGUGCCACUGCCACUGCCGCCCGUGUUGCUGCCGCUGCCUCCCUUCGAGUGCGGCGACCCACUGCUCGCGCCGCCACCCUGGACGCCGAUCGACACCAUGUGAAGACGCUGGGAGAGGUCCUCCUGGGGCACCUGGUGGGUGUGGGAAUGGUCUGGGGGAGGCGGCUGUGGUGGUGGUGGUGCCCCUUGCUGUGGUGGGGGCGUGGGUGCGGGUGGCUGGGCGUUGUGUUGUGAGGCCUGCAUGAGUGCGGCCCGGUUGAGCCAGGGCAGGACGGCAGAGAGGGGGACGGAGAUGUCGUUGGCGUUGGGGUAGUUGCUCUGGUUGUUGCCGUUGUUGACGACGUUCAUCAUGCCCGCCUGCUGCAGGUGGUAGUGCAGCUGCUGCUGAAUGGCCACGCUGAAGUCCAUCUCGCCAUCGUCCACACCCACGCCCAUGCCCCCCAUGUUGCCCAUGCCGCCCAUACCAACACCUCCAGCCAUCCCCGGCACAUCCCCCGGCGCAUAGGCGUCGUGCGCACCGAAACCUGGUGGCGGACCCACCACCCCACCGCUGCUGCUGGGCGGCGAUGGCACUCUCGGAAGGCACUGCUGGUCCACACCGCCCCCAGCACUGCCGUUGCCCCCUCCCAGCAGCGCCGUCAGGGUGGAAAAAUUGGGGAGUGACAUGGGCGCCUGAGAGUGGGGGUGGCCUCCGGCGUGGUGGCCCCCCAUGCCGGUCACAAUCAGGUGGGCCGCCAACGCCGCGGCGGCCGCAGCCGCGCUGACCGAGGACGAGUGGGGGUGGGGCGGAGACGUCUGCACGUCGCAUGGGUUGGGGGCUGGCGUGGCGGGGGGCGUGCCCACGGGCUCGGGGGGCGCCCCCUGGCUCAUGUGGGUGGUGGAGACGGGCAUGGACGGCGUGAUGGGGUGCGGGGGAUGGAUCUGCACUGGUGGGGGGCGAUGCAGCGGGCGGUAGCGUGACCGCUGCUGCGGCACUGACGGACUGGCGCCGCUGUUGUUGUUGUUGGCCGGGCGGCUGCCGUUGCCCAUCUGCUGCGGGCCGUUCCUCUGUCGGUUCAUGGGCAUCUGAGGUGGAGGGGGCUGGUGGACUUUUCCCACCUCCUGCUGGUCCCCAGGUGGCGGCACUCCGACCCCACGCAACACCCCCGAGCCACCGUUGCCAUUCCUCACGGCCAUCUCCUCUUCCUCAGCCCUCUGGUGAGCCUGUGCAGGCAUGGGCACCGACUCACCGCCGCCGUGCUCCAGACCGGUGCCGUACUUGUGCCUGCUGUUGCUGAUGGUGUGCUGCCUGGAUGCCGUGGUGGUGCUGCUGCUUGACCGGCUGACGGGGGAGGGGGGCGAGUCGUACUGGCUGCUGUUGGACCUCUGCGGCUGCGGCUGUUGCUGUUGCUGUGAGCCGAAGAAGCCGUUGAGUGGUGCGGACGGGGGCGGGGUGCAGGGAGGGUUGUAUGUGACGCCCGUGGCGUCGCGGAGCUCCUCUUGCGAGUGGGCGAAGGGGCAGAAGUACCGACGACACGAAGGGUGGGCCAGGCAGAACUUCAUCUUGUAGGCUGACAGACAGACAGACAGACAGAGAGAGAGAGACGGACACAUGUGAACAGGUGUUAGUGUUAGUGUCAAUCGUGUCAAAGUGUGAGUGUCAUGUUGUGUUGUGUUAUGUGUUGCUUACUGAGAGGGUGGUAGAGCUGCUCCUCUUUGCUGUGGGCGUAUUUGCAUCUGCGUCUGUGGGUGCAGUUGUUGAUGAGGCUCAUCUUCUCGCCCUUCUUGACGAACGAUAUGUUCGGACACAACUCAGGCCUGCACCACAAGACAAACAAACAGAGAAAGCCAUCAAGCAAUCAACCAAUUAAUUAACCAAUCGACGACCGAUGGAUGGAUGGAUGGCCGCACCCCCACACGUGUGUUGUAGUUGGGCCCUUUGGCUCACCAGUAGGGUAUCUCCAUGGGGUUCCUUCUCUGCCACGCCAGACAGUGGCUGUGUGGACACCUGCACGGCACACACCAGAAACAAACACCACAUGAACAAAAGCACAUAAUGCUUGCAUCCCUCCCUCCCCUCCCUCCCUCCCCUUAACAGACUCACCUGUCCAUGCGGUCGCACUUGCCAUACUUCUGAAUCUGGUCGCAUAUGCGUGUGCGAAAGCGGGCCAUGUCCUCAUCGUGCAGGUACUUGUGCGUGGCAGACGACGAAGUCCCACCCACAUCAGUCAUCCUCGCUCACCCACGGACUCACGCACGCACCCACGCAGACCAACAGACGGGCUGACGAACCGGGAGAGAGAGGGAGAGAAAAGAGGGGAUGGAGAGAGGGAAAGAUGGGCGAUUGACAACGUCGGUCGGUCGGUCAGUCGAUGGGUCGGUGGGGCGUUGCUGGGGCUCGUGGGUGGGUGCUCGGUGAGGCUGGUUGGUUGGCUGGUUGGUUGGUUGGUCGGUUGGUUCGAUGAAUAGUAACGAUCGAGGCUGUUGUCGAGCAGACGCAGACGGCUGUUGUCGGUCGACAGCUUAGGCCGUCCGCUCCGCCGGGACAGACAGAUAGACAGACAGGCGCGUUACCCUGGUCACUCAGUGGGUCACUUCUCAGUGGAAACCGUGGCCCCCCAUCCCAUCCUCAUGCCGCUCCAUGGGUCAGGCAGCACCAACCCAGCCAGCCGACAGCCGAUAAUAGGAUGAGAUACACCGAAGGAAGCACCACACCAGUCGGGCUGCCCCCCUCAGGACUAGUACUCAACAGCCACGCUGCUGCCCGUCGCUUUGCUGCCACCAGGGAAGACCACCACAGCUCAGCUCAGCUCCUUGGUGCGUACGUGCGUGGCGGCCAGAGUGCUGUGCGGUCUUGUUGCUACGAUGGACUCACUCACUCACUCAGUGACACUCACUCACUCACUCAGAGUGCUCUUCAGUGCACACUCAGCCACUUGUGGGGGGGGCUGGCGGGAGAGGGGGGAGAAGAAGGGAAGAAAAGAAAAAGCUCC